AUGUUUGAGAAACAAAAUAAAAAAUUGGAUUCUGUAGAUAAUGCAAUAAAUUAUUUAAAACAAAUUUUAAAUAAAUGGGAUAAAGAUUCUCGUUUAAUUAUUUCUGGUUCACUUUUAUUAAAUGCCCAGAUUUUUGGUUCAGACAUUGAUUGCCUUGUUGUUUUACCUAAUAAACAAAUAGAAAUUAAUAAUUGGGAAAUUAUUUUUGAAGAAAAAUUUUUUGGAAAAAUUUCUAAUAAAUGUAACAUUAAAUUGAGAAAAUGUGAGGAAGAAAUGGAUAAUUCGCUUUAUUGUUUACUUUGUAGAGAUGUCAGAAUUCAAUUUAUCAAAGAAAUUCCUGGUCGAGUACCUUUAAUUAAAAUUAAUUUUCUUGGUUAUGAUUUUGAUUUAAUUUUUAUUUUAUUUUCAAAAAAUUUAUUUAACCAAAUUAAUUCAAUUUAUCAAAAUAAUAAACAACCAAAAAUAAAUGAAAUUGAUGAAAUUAUUGCAAAAUUUGUUUUUGAAUUGGGGGGACCUGAAGAAAUAAAUAAUGAAAAUAAUAAACAUUUUGGGAUGGUUUUGGCACUUUCUGGUUAUCGUUCAAAUUUACAAAUAAAUUUAAUGACAGAAUACAACAAACAUUCAUUUCGUUUAGCAUUAUUAACACUUAAAGUUUGGGCAAAAAAUAAUCACAUUUAUGGAACACAAUAUGGCUUCUUUGGAGGUCCAGCUUUGUCAAUAAUUCUUUGUUAUAUUUUAAAUUUAUAUGGCAAUAAUGUUCCUCCUCCAAUUUUUAUUUUAUUAAAAAAUACUUUAGAAUUAUUUACUUUUAGAUUUUGGAAUUCACCAUUAAUGUUAGAAAUUCCUCAAAAUUAUUUAAAUAUUCGAAAUUUGUUAGAUUGGAAUUUAAAUAAAGAAGCAGAAAAUCGUUUAAAAUUAAUUCCAACAAAUUUACGUAAUUAUUUAAUUAAACAUUCACAAAUUAUUUGGCCAAUUAUAACCCCUGGUUUUCCUACACAAAAUGUUUUGUUUAAUAUUAAUGAUUCUACUUCACAAAUAAUAGAGAGGGAAGUACAUAAAGGAUUACAAAAAUUGGUGAUAUUACAAGAUAAUAUUAAUCAAAAUAAACCUUUAUGGACUGUUAAAAAUCUUUGGGGAAAUUUUUUGAGAAAAGAAGAAAACUUUGAAGAAAAGUACAAGCAUUAUUUGUGUAUUGUGUGUAGUUAUUCAAAUAAAAGUGAAUAUGGUGUUGAUUUUUGUGAUUUUGUUGGAACUAGAAUUAGAUUACAAUUAUUAUUUUCUAUAGAAAUAUUGCCGUUUAUUUCUUUUUGUCAUUUAAAUCCAAAAAAAUUAAAAAAAGAAAAUGAAAAAUGUUUUUUAAAAAAAGAAGAAGAAAAUAAUUAUUGUACAAUUUGGUUAGUAGGGAUUUCAACAAAACAAUGGUAUAAACAAAAAUUUGAAGGAAAUGAGUGGGAAAAUGCUUUAAAAAAUUUUGUAUAUUAUAUUGAACAUUUUGGUUUUAGAAAAAAAUAUCCAGAAAUUUCAGCAAAAGAAGGGGGGAAUUUAUUUAAUUUAAAGGUUUUGUAUUUAACUGAUGAACAAGUCAAGAAUAAAUGGAAUUUAUAA